AUGUCUCACUUGACCUACUACGCAUACAAAGGUGUUGGCGAGCGCAACCAGAAGCAGUACCAGUACAGCCAGGCUGUGCGCAUUGGUGACCGCAUUGAAUGCGCCGGUCAGGGAGGCUGGAACCCGGAGACUGGCGUCAUCCACCGCGAAAUCAACGCCCAGAUUGACCAAGCCUUCGAAAAUGUUGAGCUGAACUUGAAAGACGCCGGCGGCAAGGGUUGGGACCAGGUUUUCCGUGUUGUCUCGUACCACGUACCUAUCAACAAUGAGGCUAUAGAUGCUAUGGUGCAGAACUUCAAGAAGUGGUGUCCUAACCACAACCCCAUCUGGACGGUCAUCGGAGUGCCAAGACUUGGAGAGGACGAUAUGAGGGUGGAAAUUGAGGUCGUUGCGCACAUUCCAGAGGAAAGUAAAUAA